AUGGACGAAGACAGGAUGCCAAAAAGACAUUACGGAGAUACAACAGAUAGAAAAAGAAGUAGAGGAACCCAAGGACCGCUGGAAAGAGUAACAACUCUUGCAGUCAGGGGCUCCUGCAGUUUGGUCCGCCAGUCAUCUCAUGGUUGCAGUCGCCCUCCGAUCAGAAUCCCUAGGAUGGAUCUCGCAUCGGCUGACACAUCGUCCAUCCAUCUCUACUGUGGUCAUCUUACUCUUCUGGUGGAAUAG